AAUGCGUUGCGGGCGCCAUGUUUGUGUGAAGGAAUAGAUACUACCGAAAAUGAUAGAAUUUCUUGUUAUUUCACCCUUCGUCUCCAAAUUUUCAAGAAAACAGUCAUCCGGCGGGACAUUAGCCAAGCGGGUGUAUCAAACUCUGUUACAGUUUUAAAACAACAUCAAGUGAUUGAUAAGAGACUGGAUAAAGUCUGUUGUGUUACUCUGUCUCUCACUAAAGUAACCGUGAGUUUUUCAAACUAAUGUAAUCCUUCAUCAUCUCUCACAAUCCAACGUCUCCUUUUGAGUGACUGAAUGCAACUCACUCUGGUUUCGGGAGCAGUGCAGUGUCGUUUCCAACCAUCAUGGCUUUUGCGAGCCUUUUCGCCAAUCCCCCAAACCCCGUUCUUGACAAAAACAUGACAGACUCUGAACUUGCAGGGGACGAAAGAGAGGACGGUGAGCUUGAAGAUGGAGAAAUAGACGAUGAAGGGAUUGGCAUUGAGGAGGAGGGAAAAGAGCUGAAAGAAGAAAAAGAGAAAGAAGAAAAGACCCACAGGCGGUCGAGGAAGAGACACCGAAAAGAAAGAGAAAAGAGGAAAUCCAAGAAGAGGAGACGGGACAGACAGAAACAUCAUUCCCCCUCCAGUGAAGAUGGUUCGGGCAGCUAUGACUCUGAUUAUGAGCAUUCAGAAAGGCUGCACAAGAAAAACGCAGGAACAUACAGGGACUAUGACUCCCAGUUUACUCAGCAUGGCCAAUCUAGUGGAGGUUACAUGAAAUGUCAGAAGACGACACAACAUAAAAACAAUGAAUUUGACAAGUUCAGUGACUAUAGUGAGGAAAAAUAUGACUACGAAGGCGACGACAAUGAUUUUGCUGAUGAAUUGAACCAAUACAGACAAGCUAAAGAGGCCACAGCCUCAGGACCCAACAAGGGCCCCCCAAAGGAGCAGAUGAAGAAGCUGAAUAUGAAAGGAGUACAGAAAGGUCCAGGCCAGAAGGGCAGAGGCCGGGGUGCAGGGCGUGGGCGUGGCAUGCAGAAAAACAAGAAGCAGAAAGGGAAGAACUGGGGAAGAGGGCGAGGCCGAGGGGCAGACCAGGGGGCAGAUGGGCUGAAGGAGGAAGGAAAAGGUCCAGCUGUUAUCCAGAAGAAACGUCCAAUUAUGACCCAGGAGUUUAUUAACCAACACACAGUUGAACACAAUGGAAGAUAUAUUUGCAAAUAUUUCCUGGAAGGCCGUUGUAUAAAGGGGGACCAGUGUAAAUUUGAACACGAACUUGUUGUUCCUGAUAAGAAAAAGGAGAUUUGCAAAUUCUACCUACAGGGAUUCUGUAGUAAAGGCGAUAACUGCAUUUACAUGCACAAUGAAUAUCCUUGCAAGUUCUUUCACACUGGAGCAAAAUGCUAUCAAGGAGAUAACUGUAAAUUUUCCCAUGAUCCCCUUACAGAUCUUACGAGAGAACUCUUGGAAAAGGUUUUGAACACUGAGGAGGAGCCAGUAAAUGAAGAUGAACAGGAGUUGGAGGACUUGCGGAAACAGGGCAUUGCUCCCCUUCCGAAGCCGCCUCCUGGUGUGGGACUUCUACCCACACCUGGUCCUAAUAGCCCCCAGGAGGGCAGCCCCUGUAGCGGACAGAAGAAGAUCCCCUCCUUAUUUGAAAUUGUUGUGCAGCCAACUGUGGAUCUGGCACAAAAAAUUGGACUUAGGCCCAAUUUCUACAACAGCUCCUCCCCUCCUGGGCCCCAGUUCCAGGGAAAUGGUCCUCCUCCUCCGCAGAUGUUUGGAGGCGGCACUGAUGACAUGCCAGGCCCCAAUAUGAUGCCCCCUGGACCUAAUGGACCACCAGUUCCUCCUCCUGGGUCUCCAGGGUCACUGGGGCCAGCUCAUCAUGGAGGGCCUCCGGGGGUACACUGUCCACCAAUACCUCAAAGUCCUCCUCGUCAGCCCGUACCACAUGGUUUUCCAGGAGCACAUGGCCCGCCAAUGCAUCCACCACCCCCUGGGGUACCCCCAGCCUUUCACGGGAAUUCCCAUGGAAACAGAUCCCGAGAUACCCCCCCACAGACUGCACCAGGCCCACCCUUUCAACAGAUGUCAGAUCAUCAGAUGCAGCAAAACAUUCCUUUUCAGGCAAUGCCGAACACCACGGAUUUCUUCAAUAACUAUUACACCAACCAAACUGUUCACAGCCUAGAGACCGCACCACUUCAAGAAGAAGAAGCUCUUAACAUGGACCAGCUGACUUACAGCUGUGUCCAAGACAGUCAGCACAGCGGCACUGACUCAGACGGCAGCAGUAACCAUAAACCCCCAGUUCAUGUGCCAGACUUCCUUCCGGCCAUGCAGAAAGCACUGUUCCUCAGACUGAGUCAGAAGCAACAUGAAGGGGAUCAUCAGAAAGAGGAAAAUAAAGGACAAAAAAUGUCCAAUAAAGAGAAAGAUGAUGCAGUAAACUGGUAUUCCAGCGAUGAAGAGGAUGGUAGUAGUGUAACGGCCAUACUUAAAACCCUCAAGAAGCAAAAUGAGAUUAUUAAAACUCAGCAGCAGUCAGUAACACAACAGACAGCUUCCCAGGGUCCUUGUGAUCCACGACUUCAAAAGGACAAGAACAUCCCAUGUGAUCCACGGACAAAAUGUGACCCAAGGCACCGUGCAUCUGGAGAGGUGAGAAAGUCUGGAGAUGGCACUGUAGACCCAAGACUGGUCCGAGAUCCGAGGAAGAUCAAGCCUUCUGACCCCAGUUCCACAAAGCCUGACGUUCACCACUCUCAUGGUUCGUUUGCUCACAAGCAGCAAACUGGAGAUGAUGAUGAAGAGGGUGAAAGAGAGCUCAGAGAAAAGGCUGCAAUAAUCCCUCUAGAGCCUUUACCUGGCAUUGCGUUAAGGGACCCUAGAUGUCAGCUAAAGCAAUUUAGCCAUAUCAAAGUAGACAUUAUCCUGUCACGACCUGCAUUUGCAAAGAAUGUUGUAUGGGCCCCAGAAGACCUAAUCCCUCUUCUUAUACCGAAGCAGGAACCUUCCAUCAACUUGCCACUUCCUCCUCUCAUUGCUGACUCCAGACUGAACAGAAAUAACAGCGUUUUAAAUGACAGCAAUCAAAACACACUGCUUCAGGACCCGCGUCUGGUGGGGGGUAGAGGGAAAGAUAAUUUUCAUAAAGCGGGCGGGCACACGAUCAAGCCCUUGGAACCGAAGUCUUCCCCUGAAAAACCCCUGGAUCCUCGACUUCACAAGGCAGUAGAUCCCAGGGUCAGAGGGCCCUUAAACAUAGACUCAAAGCACUCUGUGGUGAAAGAUCCAAAUACUACUGCAGAUCCUCGGUUGCAGCGUGGAAGCAUUUCUGCCUUCCAGACAUCGGGUACUCCCACUGUUAAAUCAGAACCAGAAAAACUCCCACCGUAUGCUCCUAAACUGUCAUCUUCUAGUGGAGGACUUGGUAGCCCAACAACACUCCUAGGAGGAAUCAGCUUGUAUGAUCCCAGAAACCAAACACUGCAGUCUUCAAAGGAUGACGUGGAGAAUCCCAAGAGGUUAAGUAUUCUGAAACAAACGGUUAAACAGGAAAAUACUCAGUCAUCCCCUUUAGCUGCAUCCAAAGCUGGAGCGGUGCCAGAUACCAAGACAACAGACAUUUCUUCAGAUGCUACUGUAGAUAAAUAUAGCAGCUACAAUAGGCAGCGACCAACGCCAAUGGCGGCACAGUCUUCUACAGCCCCUGCAGUGCACAACCUGCCUAUUCAAGCGUUAGCUGGUUUAAUUCGGCCUCCGUAUAGUGACCCCAGACAGAGCAGACAAUCUGGACAAGUGAACGCACCUCAGGAGAGCGAUACGAAUGGGGAAUCGGAUGAUAAACCCCUCAAGGAUGUUUUCAAGACUUUUGACCCCACAGCUUCCCCUUUUUGUUAAUAGACACUCCAGCAAGAAUUUCUUCAUUUCAGAUAAUGUAUGCUAGAAUUUUGUUGCUUUCGGCCCCCAGGCAACUUGUUGAGCUCGAUAUUUAUUUAUUUUAAUUGUAAGUAACUGUUGCACAGACCCCGUGCUGUGUCUUUAGUUUUGUUUUCACUUAGAUCAACAUCGUAAUUGUAGUGAUGUAUUCUAAAACUCAACAGACUUUGUGUAAAAUUAUCACAGAUGUGUAUGUGAUGGAUCCAGUAAAAUUUAUUUUGUCAGUAAAUGUGUAUCAGAGAUGUAUGCUAUUGAAGUAUUAUGGUUUUAAACACUUUUUUGUGGAAAGAAUAUAAAACUGCCACUUUUAUAAAACUGUACAGUACUUAGCUGAUAUUUAACAAGAUACCAGAGAUCUACCGAUAAUAGUGUUAAACAACAAUUAUCAUGUUUAUUUUUCUGCACUAACAGAUCAGAUUUGCAACACAUUGGUUAUAUGACACUUUUGUUUUACAUAUUUAUUGCACAUGACCAUGAAGAAUGUUAGAACAGUAAGCAAUUUGCAAAGUAUUUUUCCUUGUUUCAGCUGGAAAAUCUGUAUAAGGUAAAUGUAUGUUUCUGUAUGAAGUCAGAUUUUUUUAUGAUGUAAUAUGGCACAUUGUAUAUUGCUUUUUUGUAAUAUAAAUACUGUACUUGUCAUUAACUUCUGAUAAGUUUGAUAUUUUUGUUGCUAUUCUAAAAUUAUUUGACAAGAACAGAAAUGUCAUAAAGUUGUGGUUUUAGGACAUUUUAACUCGAGUCUUCAAUAAAAGGAUAUAGAUAGAGAAAUGUGAAAAUUAGCAUUGCACAGUCAUUUUAUUUUUUACUGAAAAUAAUUUUAAAAUCACAUUAAAGAUUUUCGAACAAAGCAAAAAAAUCAGCUUUUAUUUGAUAAAACUGCAGUGUUUGCAGUGGGACUAAUUUAACAACUUGUCAAUGGCUGCAGAUAAUCUGAUAUGAAGAUGUUGGAAAUCAUUGGCGUUCUUCAGAAGGACAUAAUAUAAAAAGCAACAUUUGUAAAAAAGUUUCCAUCAUGUUAAUUGAGUAUAUUGUAAACCAAUCCAAUGUGUUUAUACUCUGAAUCUGAAAAAUCACAGACCUCCAUUUGACCAUACAGUAAACUUAUUCUGAUUUUGUUUUGCUCUAGAGAUAAUGCUGCAAUGCCUUGCUUUCAAACUUUCCAAGCUACUGCUAUUGCUUUUAAAAUUGUAUGUUAUGAUUGGAGGAAAAAGGUUUAGAACAGAAAUGC